GUCAUAAGCCCUGCCUCCUGUGUCCCCUUAGGGAGUUCCCACACAAAGCCGGAAGAACCAGAAGCUAUGUGGUAUUACCGUGUAGAACAUGCAGCCUACUAAAUAACACAGAGAGACUAGGUUUAUCCCCCACCCCGUCCUAAUUUAGAGGCUGGAAGAAAAGAGAAACUUCAACCAACAGAAAGUGAUCAGAAGGAGGUGGAGUUGGUUCGUUUUGAGUCCAGGAACAGACAACUGAAGGCUGCAUGUGUACGAAGGGGAGGGAGCAGAUCAGAGACCCCCAGGGCCCAUCCAUUAAUGAGGGAUCUUCACAGACACAUCACAAGCAAACAAGCACUCCUGCACGCUAGAAGACUUGGUCAGUAGCUGAGCUGCAGUGAAUCCUGUUUGGCUUCUCCCCCUCUUCUGUAGUCCAAGACGUGUCCCUUGUUGCUCGAGGCAUGAACUCCUAAACACGCCCUAUAUUAAUGUGACAAGCACAGCACGGUUUCAUCAGUCCCUCAAUGCUAUUUGAGAGCUCAUAGUGGCCUGGAGUUGUUUGAUCAUGUUUUGAAGGUUGCUGCCUAAAAGUCCAAUGGCAGAGGGUGACAGGGCACCAGAUCUUGCCAAUAUGGGGUUGACAAGCCCCACAGGUGUUAAUAAGUCCUCCCUGGAAGAGAGUAUACUCUCAGAACAUGAAACAGUAUUGAGCUUAGAAGACGAAGUAUUUAACCCAACGAUGACUUUUUUUAAGCACGAGAACGUAGAAGACCUAUACGAACUGCUAGAAAAGCUUGGCAGUGGUCACUUUGGCGAGGUGAGAAAAUGCAAGGAGAAAAACACUGGGACUUUCUAUGCUGGAAAAUUCAUCAAGACGCGAAAGUGCAAAGGCAGCCGCCUGGGGCUGGACCGCGAACAGGUGGAGAGGGAGGUGUUCAUCCUGCAACAGCUGGAGCACCCCAAUAUCAUGCAGCUACACGACGUCUUUGCUAGCAAAGCUGAGAUGGUGCUGAUGUUGGAAUUGAUCAGAGGUGGAGAGCUGUUUGACUUCAUAGCAGAGAAAGACGCCCUUUCAGAAGACCAUGCCAUUGAAUUUAUGGAGCAGAUACUGAAGGGAGUAGCAUACAUGCAUGCCAGGCAUAUAGCGCACUUUGACCUUAAGCCUGAAAAUAUUAUGCUGCUUGAAAAAGACGUCCCCCACCCUAAGAUUAAAAUCAUCGAUUUUGGCUUGGCACAAAAGAUUGAAGACGGAGCUGUGUUUAAAAGCCUUUGCGGAACACCACAGUACAUAGGACCUGAGGUUGUAAAUUAUGAACAAUUAAGCUCAGCAACAGACAUGUGGAGUAUCGGUGUCAUCACUUACAUCUUACUCAGCGGCAUGUCCCCCUUCCAAGGUGAAACAGAUGCAGAGACCUUAACAAAUGUGGUGUCGGGAAAUUACGAAUUUGAUGACCGUUACUUCAAGGAAACCACAGAGAUGGCCAAAGAUUUUAUAAAGCAGCUGUUGGUUAAAGAACCAAGAGAUAGAAUGACAGCUAUAGAGUGCCUCAUUCAUCCGUGGAUCAAGCCCCUAAACAGAAAGCAGGCUGCAAACAGGAGCCGUUCUUCUAUUAAUAUCAAAAACUUCAAGAAAUUUAAUGCCAGAAGGAAAUGGAAGCUUUCAUUUAACAUGGUGUCGGCCUGUAACAGACUGUGCCACAUGAAGUUACUCUGUAGCCCCAGGAAGGAGGAUGAGAAUCUGAGGCAGUGUGAGAGUGAUCAGGAGGAUGAAGCAAGUAAACCUGCCACACUCUUACGAAGACGUUUAAGCAGUUGCUCUUGACCAGAGUUAACCACUGUCCCCUACCUUGUCCUCAAGCAUGUGGAGAAAUUACCCUGGUGGCCCUUCCAAAUGUGACAUGUCAAAGCCUGAAGACAAGUUGCUGCUAAAAAAAGGCACCAGGAUGGGCUUUCAGAAAUAUGUAGCCUUCAAAACCACUUUAACCUGCAUGUCAUUGUUGCAGGAUUUUAAUGAGUAUUGCAUGGCUUUAACUCUCUGCUGCCUGAUGAAUCCUGCUAACUCCAUCUUUCAUCACUGGCAGCCUACCAAACAUGCCUUGACUUUGAAAUGUUUCAUGCCUGAGUGCUUUUACUUUAUCACUACUAAAAUAUAUAAAUAUGUGAAACUGCACGUAUGGAAACUUUACAUGGCCUGUGUAUAACUUGAAAAAUAUGAUCGUUCUACACAGUCUACUUUAAUAGUUACAUUUAUUUUAUCCUGUUUAUCACAGGAAAUAACACCAAUGAUUAUGAUUAUAUAUAUAUUUUUGACAUCCUUUUUUAAAUGUUUUUUUAAUACAUUCAGAAGCCCAAAUAUUCUGAGUUAUUUUUACAUUAAAGGUGCAUUCACUCAUGGUAAAUGUUACAUUUUGAAUCAAAUAUUGUGUCUGCCAAUUUUUAUUUUAUUUAACUAACUUGUAAAUAAAUGUUUUGUGUGCUUAUCUACAACCGAGUGUAUUUAGGCUAUUUACCAGCAAGAACAGUCUACUGUCUCUUCCACGCUGAAGUUCCUGGAAUAAUAUAGUCUGCAAGCAGAUUUUAAGAUAAUGCUUGCCCUUGGACCGUCAACCAACAUUGUAAGGCCAUGCACUAAACGUGUGAUUCACAAAGCAUAUCUCAGUUUAUAUUCCCUUGAAAUAAUAUUGCCUUUAUUAAUUGAAAAGCUUGUUGAAGAAGAACGUCUGGUGAUAUUUAAUAAGAGCUGAACGGACUAUGGCCCUGAUGAUUGAAACUGCGAUAUAUUCAAAAGGAAUCCAUCAUGGGAACAAGAUUGCCUGUGAAAUAUUCAAAAGGGCUGAACAGCCUGCAAGAAUGAAAAAAAUAAAGAGAGAAUAUAUUCAUGAAA